CCAUCUCACCCAUCCAUUUCAUUCAGCUACCAUUCCCACACACAAAAAAGGACUCUCGUUUUGUGCAUUCCAAAAACCUUUGUCUCUGAGGUUUGAAAUUGAAAACAUCUCUCUCGAAAGAAACAAAGAAAUUUCAGUAGACUUAAAAGCUACUUUUCACUGUAAAUCCAAGUCCCUUUUCCCCAUUUCUGCCAUCGUUACACUUCGAGUCCUUCUUCCUGCUUUACACCUUUAACCCUUUUUCCCAUUUCCUCCAAACCCUUCUAAUUCUGAUUCUCCAGAGUGAGUUUUGAGGAAAUUUGUUUUUCUUUGGUGGGUUUUGGAAGAUGAGUGCUUCUAAGUUCAUUAAAUGCGUUACUGUUGGAGAUGGAGCGGUUGGGAAAACUUGUAUGCUUAUCUGUUACACUAGCAAUAAGUUCCCCACUGAUUAUGUUCCCACAGUGUUUGACAAUUUUAGUGCCAAUGUAUCUGUGGAUGGGAACAUUGUCAAUUUGGGAUUAUGGGACACUGCAGGCCAGGAAGAUUACAGCAGGCUAAGGCCUUUGAGUUACAGAGGUGCAGAUGUGUUUGUUCUAGCUUUCUCAUUAAUUAGCAGAGCCAGCUAUGAAAAUAUCCUCAAGAAGUGGAUGCCUGAACUGCGUAGAUUUGCACCCAAUGUUCCCAUCAUUCUAGUUGGAACGAAGCUCGAUCUCCGUGAGGACCGUCGAUAUGCUAAUGAACAAAUGCAUUAUGAUGUCAUUACAUCUGCUCAGGGUGAGGAGCUGAGAAAACAAAUUGGUGCUUCAGCUUACAUUGAGUGCAGUGCUAAGACACAGCAGAAUGUCAAAGCUGUAUUUGAUACUGCCAUUAAAGUUGUUCUGCAACCUCCGAGGAGAAGAGAGGUCACGAGGAAGAAAAGGCGGCGAGGAUCGGGCUGCUCGUUCUCCAGGAGAAUCAUUUGUGGAGGUUGUGCUGCAUAGAACACGACAUGCUGCUACAAUACGCAAGUAAUCCUAUCUCGUGGAGGUGUUAUAACUCGUUCCAGUUCGAGCUUGCUCCAACAGCUAAUACUCCUCGCUAUGUAUUUGUUAAAUCUGUUCUGUGGUUUCACUAGUUUAAUUGUAGUGGUAGAGAAGGGCAUGUUAAUCUCCAUUUUGCACACAACUUGAAAAAAAUUGGAGGGAAUUGUUCAUUCUCUCAAGAACUUAGGGUAUAUGUUGUAGCCUUUUUGCUGUUAUGCUUAAAAAAUGCGCUGCCAUUCUCAAUCUUUUGAUUCAUUUCUAUAAUGCACAUCGAUUCCAUAUGAAA